GGGUUCUUCAUUUUUGACUUUCAAUUUCUUCAUCAUCUAACGUCUAUGUUCAUAGCAGCAGCAGAAGCAUCCAGGAAACUCACCUAACAAAGCUGGCAAUCUUCCUUUACAUACCUUUCUUUGCAUUUCUCCUUUAGCAGGCAGAUCUCUUCCUGUUAUUUCUCUCCUUUUCUUUCCCACAUCUAACAAAAACCCUUCAAGUAUCAGUCCAUUAAAACACCAGGUUUGGGGAUUGGAACUUGGAGGAAGGGAAAGCAGUGAAUAUGUCCCGAAAUAGUGUAAGGCAUCUAGACAAAGUUAGUGAGGGAAAAAACUUUGAUUGCAGCAUUGAGGGAAUUAAAAGCCUUCUUAAUCCACAUGGAUCCUACUCUGAAGAAUGGAAUAGGAUAUUUCUACUAUCAACCGUUAUUGCAGUCUCACUUGAUCCUAUAUUUUUCUACAUCAUUGUGGUCAAUGAAGAUAACAAAUGUCUUCUUUUGGACACCAACUUGGGGAUUGCAGCAAUUUGUCUUCGUUCAGUUAUUGAUUGCUUUUAUGUAAUAUGCAUUGUGUGUCGGCUUCAUACUGAUCUUUUUGCUCCUCUUCUAUAUCCAAGAGAUAAUUUAGUCAACAGAAAUGGCUGGAAAAUAGUGCGAAGAUAUUUGCUGUCAUGGUUAUUUCCUGUUGACAUGCUUGCAAUUCUUCCCCUCCCACAGGUGGUAAUUUUACUUAUUAUUCCAGCAAUGAAAGGUACAAGAUUUGUGGAUGCCAUGGACGUGUUGAAAUUUGUUAUUGUCUUCCAAUACAUGCCGAGAAUUCUUCGGAUUUAUCCAUUGUUUAAGAGGGACAAAAGAACUUCUGGGAUACUUUCUGAAGCUGCAUGGGCUAAAGCAGCAUUCAAUCUCUUUCUUUACUUGCUUGCGGGUCAUAACGAGAAGCAACAUGUUGGCAUGAUGCUUGUAGAAAUCAGACUGGAUGUUUCAUUUGGCCAAAAUCUACAAACAAGUUCAUAUAUCUGGGAGAACUGCUUUGCUCUGUUCAUUACAAUCUCUGGCUUGGUGUUAUUCUUAUUUCUUAUCGGAAAUGUGCAGAUUUAUCUUCAGACUAAAACAAUGAAAUUAGAGGAGAUGCGUUUGGCAACUCGAGAAAUAAAGGAAUGGAAACCCUUCAAAAAGCUUUCUAAUGCACUCCAGGGGGAAGUAAAUGAAUAUCAGCGCUAUAUAUGGCAACAAACCAAAGGUGUUGAUGUAGAGAAGCUGCUACAAAAUCUUCCCAAGGAGUUGACGACAAAAAUCAAGAGAGAGCUCUGUUUUGAUAUGCUCAACAAUGUGGAGCCAUUUAGAUCCAAGGGAGAAAAAUGGUUGGAUUCCCUGUGUUACUGUGUGAAACCAGUACUAUUCAUCGAGCGCAAUCACCUAAUUAAGGAAGGAGACAUCAUUAAUGAAAUGGUAUUUAUUGUGCAAGGUGAACUGCAAGUCUACAGCAAAAACAGUAACGAUAUAGGCCCUCUACAAGGAAAUUUUUGCGGAGAGGAACUUGUAGAAUGGGUUCAGGAUUCCCACUCAGCGCACCUUCCUGUCUCCACCAAGACUAUUCAGGCCCUUACUAAAGUGGAAGCCUUCACUCUACAGGCUGAUGACUUGAAACGUCACUGGGCAGCUGCAUUUCUUCAAUCAGUCUGGCGCAGGCGCAGUCGUCAAGAUAGUCGAACGGUUCAAAGAAGCUCUCAUGGAGAGAGUAAGUGGAGACAUACAGUCUAGCCGGAAGAUAGUAAGUGGCCCAUCAGAUGGUUUGACACCAUAUUGUAACCAAAAAAACUAAUUCAAUAGUUACAUAAGUCUUUACAUAUUUAAGUCAUUAUUUCUUUUCACAUUUCCUCAAUGUGAGACUUUAAUUCUU